UUUCCUAAACGAGAGAAGUUGUGCGAAAACCCUUUGGUGUUAAACAUUAAACGCAAAUUAGAAGAGAUAGAGAUCCAGAACAAGAAGAGUCGUCCGUCGAUCUCGACUCCGCUGCCGUCGGCGCAAGUGAUACCUAUCGUUAGGACAGUCGACAGCCAAUACAAGUCGCCUCUCCUUCCCGUUCUUACUUAUGAUAGAAGUCCUCUAAAGAGUCCACUUUUGAAUUCAUUGCUAAGACCUGACUUAUCGCUAGCUUUGCACAACUCAUUGUUAUCUCCGCCUAAGACUAACGGAAUCACGUCAUCCCAUCGAUUGACCCAAAAGAUUGCUCCCAAACCGACGCCCAUCGAAGUGAUACCAUCGAAGAAGACGUAUAUCGAGCCGUUCCUCAUGUGCUUUCACUGUCACGAGAAGGUAUUGAACGCCACAGAACUGGAAUCUCAUCACCAGAAAAAGCACCCGAAGCUGACGAUCGCCAGCUAUACGCCCAACAAAGCGGACAUCACUUCACUGGCACGCCGUACGUUAGGUCUCUAUUAGUGACCCAUUGUUUUGUUACCGGUAUAUGUUAUCGUUUUUUGUUUCCAUACGUUUUCAGACCCGAUUCAUAUUCAACGCAAACCUUACAACUAGUUUUUGAGUAUUUUUUUUUUAAUAUACUGUACAACAUAUUUUUAAACAUCCUAUUAAAACACCAAUUGUCUAACUUUUAUACCGUAAUACCUUAGUUAAGUCAAUCUAUUUAUAAAUUUAAUACUCAACAUGUUGGCACU